AUGAUAAAUGAAAAAGCUAAUAGUAUUGAAACUAGAGAAGCGCUCCAGUAAAGCGAUAUUAAGGUAGAGUAACUUAACCCAAUCGGCUUAUCUAAAAAGACAAGCUUAAAUUUUAACAAAUAAGGAGGGCUAACUAAAUAAGUCACCUUGAUAUAAAAUCAUAUCAAGUUAAACACCUCUAGUGAGAAUGUUCUAAAUGAUUAUGAUCCAUAAAAAGACAUGAAUCUUCUCUUGAGUGAUCUGAGAUAGAAAAGAGUUGCUCUAUUACAAACCUUUCAAGAAAAAUUUAACAAUAAAUUGGAAUUGUUUUCUGACUAUGGAAUGACUAAUGAAGAUGAAGAUAAAGAGAUUUAAGAAGAAGUUGAUAGGUUGAAUAUCAUGCAAUUCAUAAGAAUAGAUAAUCAAAUAGUCUAGGCUGAUUCUAUUAUAGACUAUGAAGAGUUUUACUAAAUCAAAAAGAAGAUGAGAAAAGCUUAAAUAAGCAAGCAAAUCAAUAAUAGUAAUGAUAAAUCAGGCUUGAUUGAGGCAGAGAAUGAGAUGAAAUUAGUAGAAAAAUCCUAGACCAUAAAUUAAACGAUUAAUUCUGAGGAAAAUAAUAAGAAUAUUAAGAGUCAAGAAACUAUUGGUUAAGUUUCACUUAUGUAAAAUUCAAAAUCUGUGCCAAGAAAUGUUAAUGAUAACGCCAAAAUAUUUAAGCCAUAGUAUACUUUAGCCUAAAGUAGACGAGUAAAUGACAAAUUAGAUUUUUUAAUUAGCAAGAAAAAAUAUAAACUUCCUCAGUUCAGCCAUAGCUAAGCAAUAAAUAAAACAUUCACUGGAUAUCAAGAAAAUCUAUAAGAUACAAGCAACUUACUAACUAACAAUAUAAGAAUGAUUAAAAUGAAAGACUUCUUUAAUCCAUAAUCUAGUAUUAUUAAUUACCCAAUUCAUCAAUACUAACCAGAUUCUUCCCAUAUAAAUAAUAGUUAAUCCAGUUAGAAGCUAGAAUCUUAGUACAAAUCUAUUUUAUAUAAAAAAGAGGUCAUUAUCUAAAAUGAAGAAAAGCAUAAUAGGGAACUAUAAAAAUAUGUGAAGCAUAUUGGUGGAAUAUAAAAAAUUGAAUAAAACGAGAUGUAUCAAGUGCAAUCUAAGGAAAAAUUAACUGAAGAUUCAGAGACAUAUGAUGACUUUGUAAUUGAAUAAGGGGCUAUUGACUUCAAAAUUAAUAAUAUUCUUGAUGAUAUAAAUAAAUCCAUAAGAGUUUUAUGA